AUGGACGACAACGCUCUUCGCAUCUCAACCUCUGGCGACAACGGCUUGGAUCGACACGGGGGCGACGAACCUAUCUUUGACCUGGACGGUCCUCACAGCGGGCGAUGGCUUCGACCUGUGCGCCUGAGACCCUUCAGGAACAAGGUUGGCGGUCACAGCGCUAUCUACAAGUUUACCAAGCGCGCUGUGUGUAAGCCUCUUGCGAGCCGGGAAAACAUUUUCUAUGAAGCGGUGGAACGCGAAGCGCCAGCUUUACUAGGGUUCAUUCCCAGGUAUCUAGGCGUCAUGCUGGUCAAUUACCGUCGUUGUAAAGAAGCAGAUACGUCUGGUGUUUUCGGCGACAUGGAAGAUGUCGAAGGCAUCGUGGCGGAUUAUCAGCGGAGGCCACCCCUUUCUGGAGACGGGUUUCGCAAGAGUCGGAAGACUAUGAGCACUGCGGCCGCUGUAAAUGGCAUGCACACCCCUUUGGAAUCACCGGUUGCUUUGUCACCGCCUUCACACGAACUGCAGGGUACCCGUCAGGAGCACUUCAUCCUCCUCGAGGAUCUCACUGGCCGACUUAGGAAGCCAUGUGUUCUCGAUCUCAAGAUGGGAACACGGCAGUACGGCGUAGAUGCUUUGCCUGCGAAGAAGAAGAGCCAACGCGCCAAGUGUGACCGGACCACCAGCCGCACUUUGGGUGCGCGAAUCUGCGGAAUGCAGGUGUGGGACAAAGUCGAGGGCUCCUUCUACCAGCAGGACAAAUACAUCGGACGGAAAAUCAAGACAGAGGACUUCCCGAAUUCGUUAGCUCGAUUCUUGUUCGACGGCGAUAAGUUCCUCGUAUAUCACAUCCCUCCGAUGAUCCAGAAACUCUGCGCAUUGGCUCGCAUCAUCGUCCAGUUGACUGGAUACCGGUUCUACGGAUGCAGCCUGCUUCUUCUAUACGAAGGCGAGCCAGACAUCCAAUCCGCGUAUGCUCGGCUGGGCCCGGCUGCACACCUGUUGUGCAUCGACUUGUCUGUCCCGACAAAGAAGGACGGUCGCGCAUGCAGGAAACGAAAGGGAGAACUCGAUAUCCGAAUUGUGGAUUUCGCCCAUUCGGCGACUGGCAAAGAUUAUCUACCACAUCCUCCUCCCUCUCCAGGAGCACCUGAGAUGCUCAACUCUAAUGGAUAUGAUUCGCGGGUCGAUCCAGUGUCUGGGCUCAUAUAUGCCCGCUUUUCUCCACAUCGACCCGAGCUUCCCGAUAUUGGGUUCUUGUUCGGUCUCAAGAACCUCGUACAUACGCUGGACAAAAUGUGGAACGAGGAACGGUCGAAGCGGAGUCGGGCCAUCCAAGAAGGAAGAAUGGCAGAAGCAGAAAAGCUCUCACCUUUACCGCAGGACGGGAGAGAAGUAUUUGAUACCGUAUUUGGGAAACCUGGCGCUCCGGGCUUGGUGACCGACGGCUACAUAUCCACGUAA